AUGGGCAUGUUUGAAGAAGAAUGCAAGAGGCGACUGAACGAAGUUGCCAAAACGGUCUCCCUUAAUAAUCAAUUUAUGUUGUCACUUUGUGUGUUCUACUUCGCCUUUUCUCCGGUGGCGAUUGUUGGAAAUGUCCUUGCAAUACGUGCCAUAUUAAAAGCCGUAUCGCUACCACCUACUUUCAAAAAACUACUUCUAAGUCUUGCUGUCUCUGACCUUGCAGUGGGAUUGUUUUUACAACCGAUUUACGGCGCUAUCAUUGCGCUGCAUUUGAGUAAGAGGAGCAGUCAGUUCUUGUGUCCUACUGUUCUGACGAUUCAACUAUUCUUUACGUUUUUGGUGGCAGGCGCAUCUUUCAUGACUGUCACCGCCAUUGCACUGGACAGACUUCUCGCCGUGUAUUUACAUCUGAGAUAUCAAGAGCUUGUAACGCCAAAGCGAGUAGGAAUUGUUUUAAUUCUACUUUGGAUAUCUGCAGCUUUUGGAGCAUCAGUGUUUAUUUUACUGUCGGACCUUUCUGACUUGAUCGCUGUUAUAACUGAAGUAGUGGGGUUUGCUAUCACAACCAUGGCAUACUUUUAUCUUUACAGAGUCGUUCGAUAUCAUCAGAAUCAAAUUCAAUCUCAGUGCCAGUUUCAAGACCAAAAUGAUGUCCAAAUAUCUAGAGAGAAGAAGUCAGCUGUGAAUACUUUAUACGUGUAUGCCGUUUUUCUCGUCUGUUACCUUCCACUUUUAUUUUCGAGUACUCUUUUGAUGGUAAAUCACUCAAACACAUCAUUUCAAGUGGCCUACAACAUAUCUGGGUUGAUGGUUUUCCUCAAUUCGUCUUUAAAUCCAUUUGUGUAUUGUUGGAGAUAUCGGGAGAUUUCGCAAUUUGUAAAAAGCAGCUUUAGUAGCUUUAAGGGAAAUAAAGAUUUAUCGUUCGGUAGAAAUCCAAUCUCUGCAGAGGAUGUGGAGGAAGUGAUAAACAUUCUUAGUUCUUGCUCACUGGAGAAUACUCCAGUUAAAGACAAGGAAAACAAUAGCAAUGAUAGUAUAUUGGACUUCUACACAUCCUGUUUUUUACUUCAAGAUGAUUUGAUCACCUGCGCUCUCAUGCUAAAAACAGAUCAAGAACUAGCUCUUUUCUAUCGGGUCACGUUGACAACGGAGCACAUUGAUUCGCUCUUAGCACUGAUGAGACAAUAA